CAAACAUUUCGCUACAUCACACCCUUUGCUGUCUUCCAAAAAUUUCAAGCGUAGAGAGAGAGAGACGGAGGCCAGAGCUCAUCCAGCCCCCUCGCCAGAACAAAGUUUUUUGCUUUUUGUUGCAGACAGUCAUAUCAUGUUACCAAGGUUCGACCCAACAAACCCAGAAGCUUGCUUGUCUCUUCUUGAGGAUGUUACCACAAACGUAAAGCAAAUUCAAGACUCCGUCUUGGAAGCAAUACUUUCACGUAAUGCUCAUACAGAGUAUCUUAGAGGCUUCCUCAACGGUCAAGUCGAUAAGCAAAGCUUCAAGAAGAACCUGCCCGUUGUGACCUACGAAGAUAUUAAGCCUUAUAUAGAUCGUAUAGCUAAUGGAGAGCCGUCUGAUCUCAUCUGUGAUCGACCCAUCAGUGUACUCUUGACCAGCUCCGGUACUUCAGGAGGAGUUCCAAAGUUGAUUCCUUUGACAACAGAGGAUUUGGUACAGAGGAUCUCGCUUGCAUCUCUCUAUAGACCUCUACUCUACAAGCACAUUGAGGGGGUUAAAGAAACAAAAUCCCUCUUGUUUUAUUUUGUGAGCCGAGAGAGCGAGACAGCCUCUGGGAUAUUGGUCAGGACUAUGAUAACUAGUGUUUUGAAAAGCGUGACGCCAGAAACCAAAUAUAUCUGGGAUCAAACACAGGUAAGCCCGCAUGCAAUUUCGACUUGUGCAGACACUACUCAGAGCAUGUACUGCCAGUUGCUUUGUGGGAUUCUACAACGAGAUAAUGUAGGUCGCCUCGGUGCACCCUUUGCUUCUACAUUCCUCAAAGUAAUAAAGUUCUUGGAAGAUCACUGGCCUGAGUUAUGCUCAAACAUUAGGACUGGCCGUCUCAGCGACUGGAUCACAGACGCUCAAUGUGUUUCAGGGAUCAGUAAGUUCCUCACCGCUCCAAAUCCCGAACUAGCUAGCCUGAUUGAGCAAGAGUGCAGCAAAACUUCAUGGGAAGGUAUAGUGAGGAGACUAUGGCCAAAAGCAAAAUGCAUUGAAGCCAUCGUUACCGGCUCCAUGGCACAGUACAUUCCAUUGCUGGAAUUUUAUAGCGGCGGUCUUACUGUCAUCUCAACGCUUUACGGAAGCUCUGAAUGUACCAUCGGUGCUAAUUUUAAUCCUCUGUGUAAGCCUAGUGAUGUGUCGUACACCAUCAUUCCAAGUAUGGGGUACUUCGAGUUCUUGGAGGUCGAGAAAGACCAUCAAGAAACUGGUCAUGAUCCCAUGGAGAAACAUGUGGUCGUCGAUCUUGUCGAUGUUAAAGUCGGCCAUGAUUAUGAACCUGUUCUCACAACGUUUUCUGGUCUGUACAGGUACCGUGUGGGGGACGUUUUAAGAGUGACUGGUUUCUACAACAAUGCGCCACAGUUUCAUUUCGUGGGAAGACAGAAAGUUGUUCUGAGCAUCGACAUGGACAAGACCAGUGAAGAAGACCUGCUUAAGGCAGUGACAAACGCGAAGCUCCUGCUCGAGCCACAUGACUUGAUGCUCAUGGAUUUCACUAGCCGUGUAGAGUCCUCCCCGUUUCCAGGACACUACGUACUCUACUGGGAACUCGGUAGCAAAGUCAAGGAUGCAAAGCUCGAGCCCAACCCGAAUGUUUUGGAGGAAUGCUGCUUCACCAUUGAGGAGUCUCUCGACCCUGUUUACAGAAAAGGACGAAAGAAUGAUAAGAACAUUGGACCACUUGAGAUUAAGGUUGUUAAGCCUGGCGCUUUUGACGAGCUCAUGAACUUUUUUGUGUCUCGAGGCUCUUCUCUGAGUCAGUACAAGACACCGAGGUCGGUGACGAAUGAAGAAGCCUUGAAGAUAUUGGAAGCGAACGUUGUGUCCAAGUUCCUUAGCCGGAAAACUCCAACGUGGGAGCUACAUGAGCUCUACUCCAGCCGCUAAAAGCCUAAAACCACCGUCACAUUAUCCGUGAGACUUCAUGGGCAGGGGAAAUAUUAUUUAAGAAUUUUAUCACUUCUAAAUACUUCCAAUUCUGCCAUUGUUAUAUUUCAAAACCAUAAUUAGGUCGAGGUCAAACUCAUUGGUAUAAAUAAAAUUAAGAUUACUUGCGCU